AUGGCAAAGCGCGUGGCCGUUCUUCUCUCCGGUUGUGGAGUCUUCGAUGGCACCGAGAUCCAUGAGGCAUCCGCCGUUCUAGUUCAUCUGAGUCGCGCUGGAGCCAAAGCACAAAUGUUUGCACCGAACCAGGACCAGAUGCACGUUAUCGACCAUAGUGAGGGAAAGCCUUCGGGCAGCGGAAGAAACGUCCUGCAGGAGAGCGCCAGAAUUGCCAGGGGUGACAUCACAGAUUUGGCCAAGUUGGAUGUUUCAGCGUUUGAUGCUGUCGUCAUACCUGGUGGUUUUGGUGUGGCAAAAAACUUCAGCGAUUGGGCAGUGAAAAAUAAGGACUUCACCAUCAAUUCAGAGGUAGAGAAGAUCCUCAAAGAUUUCCACAAUGCUGGAAAGCCAAUAGCCAUGUGCUGCAUUGCUCCAGUCCUUGCUGCCAAAUUUUUGCCUGGUUGUGAGCUGACAGUGGGGCAGGACAAGGAGAGUGACAUGUGGCCGUACGCACAGACGGCCGGCGCUUUGAAGGAGAUGGGCUGCAAGCACGUGAAUAAAGAUGUGGAGCAAGCGCACGUUGAUGUCAAACACAAACUCAUCACCACACCGGCUUUCAUGUGCAACGCUCCCAUUCACAAGAUCUCUGAUGGAAUCGGCGUCAUGAUUAGGGAAACACUGAAACUCGCUUAA